UCAAUAUUAAUUGAAAACAACAAUCUUUUGAAAGAUAAGAUCACCAUCCUCGAAAACCAAAUAAAAUCAGGUAAAAACACAACAAAAAAAUUUGUCAACACGCUUCAAGAUAAGGUACCUGCAGUUGUCACUGAUACCGUAGCCUCAGCCACAACUUUCAAGAAUACAUAUAGUUCUGUGGUGCAUGAAAACAGAAGUAAUGCGCAUGAGCACCGUCCGCAGGCGCAAAUGUCAUUUGUAGAGCCGAAAAGAAUUGUAAACAACGUAAACAAUUCUGUUCCGGCGAUUCCUGAAAUAAAUAUCAACGAUUCAAAUAAAAAUAUUUCUACCUCCGUACAUAAGAUUAAGGACACUGAUAGAAUGGAAGAUUGGAUCACGGUUCGAAAUAAAAAACGUCAGUCAAGAAACACUAAGGUUUGUUUUGGAACGAAAGAAAAUAGUGCGGAUAACUCAACAAUUAAAGGUGCAAUACGAAGACGUUGGAUGUACGUAGGUAAAAUUGCUGGUAAAGAGAUUUCAGAAAAGGAUAUACUAACUUUCUUGAAAGAUAUCGAAGUAUUGGCUUACCGAAUGAAAAUGCUUACAAGAGUGUGUUUUGUGAAUCCUUCUGGCCUCAGGGGGUUGUUUUGAGAGAUUUUUCUUUUGACAGAAAUUUUUUUCGGAAGAACAGACAAAACGAGAAAACGUAAUUUCCUCCAAUGCAGUUGGAAAAUCAAAGCCUUCUAAAAGCUUCAGUCUCAUCCUCCAAAAUGUUAGGUCCUUGGGCACAGCAUUGAACGGGCUGCAGUUGAUGGCACAGGAAGAAAAAGCUGAUAUACUAGCAAUCACGGAACAUUGGAAGUGUGAGGAGGAACUUCAGAUAUACAAACUUGUAGAUUAUAACCUAGUGUCGAGCUUUUGCCGUUUGAGAGGAAGCCAUGGUGGAACUGCAAUAUACAGUAGGAAAGAACUCAACUGUACUGAAAGAGAAACUUAGAACAAUUCUGGAACGGUGUACACUGGAAAGAGCAGAAUUCAUUUUGGUGGGUGAUUUUAAUCUAGAUAUUCUGUCUUGCUCCACGGAUGUCAGUGAGUUUGUAUCACUUUUGGAAUGUUUCAACCUGAAAGUCACCAAUCUUCAGCCAACACGCCCCUCUUCUGGUAGUUGUUUAGACAAUGUGGUAACAUCUCUUGUGGGCCAAACUCAGGUGAUCGAGUGCCAUAUUUCAGACCACUCAGCUCUGAAGUUCACCACAACUUUUUGUUCAGUUUAUGAUCACAAAGAAAAAACCCUUAAAAGAAGAAUAAUAAAUGACGAUUCCAUCAAAGUUUUCCUGCAAGAGCUAUCUAGAUUAAAUUGGGAUGAUAUUUUUGCUCAUCCAGGCGAUCCAAAUCAACUUUGGUAUGUAUUCCAUACACGAUUUUCUGAAACUUUUGAACUCUGUUUUCCUAAAGUAAAGAUCAAUGCCUCAUCGUCAAAUAGAAAGUUUAAACUAACACCUGAAUUGGUUGAUAUUAAGAAGCAACUUGACAUACUCCAUAUUAUUUCUUUUUCAAGACCUGAAUUGAAAGCCACAUAUAACUCGACUAAAAAACAAUAUGAUCUUCUUCUGUCCAAAGCAAAGAAAGAGCACUUCAGUAACAUCAUUAGGAACUCCGAUAAUAGAUCAAAAGCCUCCUGGAAGGUCAUAAAUUCCCUCACGAAGAGCAAGAUUUCAUCAUCUGUUUCCAGCAAUCAAGAUACUCCUUUGCCAGAUGAAUUAAAUGACUUUUUCAUUGAUUUUCCCUCUACACUGACAGAUGGCCUGAAUAAAACGGCUACAACGAGUGGAGAAAGACUUGAAAACUCUUUCUUCAUGUUUGAAGUUUCUCACGAGGAGGUUCUGAAAACGUGCAUCAACAUGGCUUUGUGA